CUUUAUAAAAACAUUAGAGGUAUCUCUUACAAAGCUGAUGUAUAUGGUUAUAUGAUGUUGUUGAUGGAAAUUACUAGUAAAAGAAAGAAUUUAAACCCACUUGCGGAUCACUCGAGUCAAAUUUACUUUCCUUCAUGGUUUUCUGAGCAAAUGAACAAAGGAAUGGACUUGGAAAUAAGAGAGAAGCAGAAGAGAAAAAAAAAAAUGGUAAAGAAAAUGAUCAUGGUAGCUUUGUGGUGCGUACAAAUGAGGCCAACUAACCGUCCUUCAAUGCACAAAGUUGUCGAAAUGCUUGAAGCAGAACUUGAAAACUCGCAAAAGCCUCCCCUUUCCAGUUUUAUCCUCAUAAAAUUCAAGAAAAUAAUUCUAAAAAGGCAACCAACGUCACAGAGUUCGAUCUCUAGUUCUUCAUGCAAUGAUGUAGAGAUAGAGUCAUUAAGUUUGCUUGAAAAUGAACAUUAAGUGAGAUGGUAGUAACGAUAUACGAAGCUAUAGAUAAAUAUUCAUAGCUAUGUAAAUUUUGCAGAGCAUGAGCUAGUUCUAAUUCUCUGGUAUAUCAACAAAAGGAUUCUUAGAGUUCACCUUUAUGUUUAAAUCUUUAUUAUAAAUUUAGAUUGAAUGU